CCAGCUGACACAGAAAGAUGGUUAGAUUCAGAACACCUGGCACAAUAUGUAUAAAGAGGAAAAUGGGGCAGCACUUCACCAAUGCUGAAGGGGAACAAGCAGAAAUUGAUGUUGCUGAACUGCAGGAGUGGUAUAAGAAAUUUGUGGUGGAAUGUCCUAGCGGGACCCUCUUCAUGCAUGAGUUCAAGCGCUUCUUCGGAGUCCAGGACAAUUGCGAAGCCGCGGAGUACAUUGAAAACAUGUUCAGAGCUUUUGAUAAGAAUGGGGAUAACACCAUAGACUUUCUGGAAUACGUGGCUGCUUUAAAUCUCGUUUUACGAGGAAAACUGGAACAUAAACUGAGGUGGACAUUCAAAGUAUAUGACAAGGAUGGGAAUGGCUGCAUAGAUAAACCUGAGCUGCUAGAAAUUGUUGAGUCUAUCUACAAGCUGAAGAAAGUGUGUCGGUCUGAAGUGGAGGAGAGGACUCCAUUGCUCACRCCAGAGGAGGUUGUGGACAGGAUAUUUCAGUUAGUGGAUGAGAAUGGAGAUGGGCAGUUGUCUCUUGAUGAAUUCAUUGAUGGAGCCAGGAAAGACAAGUGGGUGAUGAAGAUGUUGCAAAUGGAAGUAAACCCUGCAGGAUGGAUCUCUGAGCAGAGGAGGAGCAGUGUUUGUUAAAGAAAAUCCCAUUUUGAUAUGACUGAAAACGUGGUGCUGACUACAGCUGUGGCUUUCACUCUGGGGGUGGGAGGGAUAAUGGCUUUAAGUUUUAAUACAAUCCCAGCAUCCACAUGAAGACCUCCAGAGAUUCAAGAGGGCAUAUCCGAAUCUCAUGCUGCAUAUGGCAAGAACUGCUGGUACCCAGAGACAUUGUUGGUCCAUGAAUAAGUCCUUUUAUGUACACAACACCCUGUUUGCCAGCUCUGGCUUUUGGUUACACCCUAAGGAACAAACUYUUUGUGGUUUCCUCUAAUGG